CAAUUGGCUUAUACUGUUACCUAGAUAAAUCAAUGUUCUUACAAAUAAUGCUACAGUUUUACAUUAAUAAUAAUAAUUUGUAUUUUUUAAAGAAUUUCUCCCUUAGGGGGAUCAUUUUAGGCACCUUUCCCCUACAUAUUCGAUAAUCAGCUGUUCAGAAAAACACGUCGAAAUAAGUUAUUCAAAUUAUUUACCUGGGAAGUACUGGCUUGUGGUGCCAAGUUUAAUUGAGGUUAUGUACAGCCACGUACAGUCCCGCAACCUACCAAUUAUGACAUAACUUCAUCCGCAGGAAAAAAUGCCCUCCCGGUGUUCGCAUUCCACUACACUCUGAUAAGUGAUAAAACACCUUGAUUCGCUCAGUCUGAGUACACGAUGGCUAAAAGUCACGUUUCUUUCAAAGAUUACGAACGCCAAAUAAAAGUUCCGUUCGUCAUCUACGCCCAUUUUGACUCCAUCCAAAUAAAAAAAAGCAAGACACAAAUCAUCCACCAACCGUGCGGAUUCGGAUAUUCAGUCAAGUGCUCCUUCGACGACACUUUCACCAAAUAUGAAGAGUACGUCGGUGAAGACAGUCCGCGUGUGUUUUGGAAAAAACUCCAAGCUGAAGUGGAAGACAUCUCGGAAAAACUGUCCCGAAAAAUUGCCCGACGGGUGUUCAACGACGAGGAAAAACGCCUCUUCGGGAUGAUCUCCCACUGCCACUUCUGUGGAAAAGUGCUAGGUGAAGACAAAUUUGAAGAUUUUUAUCCGCCGACGGGGGAGUUCGUAGGGGCUGUUCACGAGAAGUGUCUUCAGAAACCGAAAGUCCCGAACUUCGUACCCGUCAUCAUGUACAAGUUAGGCAAGUACGGUGGUCACUUUCUACUAAACGCGUUAAGCGAAGCGGAAAUGAAAGAGGUGUUCGAAGUAGGGAACAACCAAGGUUUUCAGAGGAAACUUCGCACCAUGAUGGUGAAAUUUGUCGACGUGAUGCAGUUCGUGGGUAAGAAAAUCUACUGGAGAGAUAUGGAGGCGUUCAUAGACGAUGCGAACAAACGCAGGCUGAGUGGAAUGUUUCGCGACAAAAGUGCGUUCGAUUUGGUGAAAACGAAGAUCCGUUUUCCGUACUGCUACAUAGAUGGGUUUGACAAGUUCGAGCAUUCGUUGCCCAACAUAGUGGGGUUUUUCGACCAACUGCACGACGACGAGAUUUCGGACGAAGAGUACCAAAGGUGCGUCGAUAUUUGGGAGCAUUUUGGUUGCAACACCAUGACGGAUUAUUUUCGUGUGUAUCUAAAAUCGAGUACUUGUCUUUUGGAGGAUUUUUUUGAAAAUUUUCGGUGUUUAUUUUUGGAUAAGUACCACUUGGAUGUGGCUCACUAUUACACAAUAGCGAGUUUUUCCUGGGAUUCGAUGAUGAAGUACAACGGGGUUGAAGCGGAGUUGUUACAAGACAAAGACAUGAUCAGUUUUAUUAAAAACAAUAUUCGUGGUGGAGUUUCACAGUGUAGCAAAAGACAUGCCAAAGCAAACAACAAAUAUUGCGAUUACGACAAGACAAAACCGCCGUCUUUUAUCGUGUAUUUGGAUGCUAAUAAUUUAGGGGGUUGGGCGAUGUCCCAAAAUCUUCCAUUUUCCGAUUUUACUUGGUUGAAGAUGUCCGAAAUUCAACUGAUAGCGGAUAAUAUUACAAACCUUGACGAGAACAACGAAUAUGGCUAUAUUUUUGAAGUGGACUUAGAGUAUCCAAAGGAACUCCACGAGCCCCACAACGACUUUCCUUUUUGUUGUCAGCGCUUGUUCGUACCACCUCCGCCGACUUCGCCUGAUCGCACCAAAGAAAACUCAGUACUUAGUUUUUACAAGAAACAAAAAUACGUAAUAGACUACAGAAUGUUGAAGCAGUGUCUGCAAAACCGUCUAGUACUAACCAAAAUCCAUCGAGUUUUGAGAUUCAGACAGUGCAAAUGGCUGGAACCUUACAUGACCUACAACACGACUCUACGAGCUGCAGCUGAAAACGAUUUCGAAAAACAACUCUACAAACUCCUCAACAAUUCCGUCUAUGGAAAAACCAUCCAGAAAUCGAGCACCGACAAACCCAUUCAUGCAGGGUUCAGUAUCGUCGAACUAUCGAAGGCGUUCUUGUACGAUUUUCACUACAACCACAUGCUCCCUAGAUACAAAAACAACAUCGACCUCCUGUAUACAGACACCGAUAGUUUGGUAUACGAAAUCCGCACUUUUGACUUCUACGAAGAUCUUAAAUCCGACCCGGGUCUCUUGAGUCUGAUGGACACUUCAAACCUACCCAGUCGGUGGAAUAUUCCAUCCAAGAACAAAAAAGUAGCCGGUAAAAUGAAGGACGAAUACGACGGGAAAAUCAUUCGGGAGUUUUUUGGAGUCGGUUCCAAGGUGUACUUUCUGGACGUCGACGGAAAAGAAGUGAAGAAAGCGGGAGGAAUGAAGGACUACGUCAAAGCAAAGUACAUUCACAGAGAGGACUACGAAAAGUGUGUUCUAUAUGAUAAGAAAAUUAGUCGUGGUGUGUGGGACACAUCCACCGAAAAACACGUAGUGCAAACAAAGAAAACCAGGAAGGUUAUGUUAUCACCAGGUGACAGGAAAAGGUGUGUGUUGCCGGAUAAAGUAAACACGCGCGCUUGGGGCUACGAUUGUUCCCAGACCUAAUGCGCGCGCAGUAAUUACUUUGUAAUAAAGAUUUUUUACAAUUUGUAUCAUCAGUCUUAUUUAUUUCGUUCAGUCAAG